CGCGCCUGGUGCUGAGGGGGAAGAACCAGGGCUGGGAUUCGAUGCAGGAGGAACAAUGGACUGGCUCCCAACAAAGAGUCAACAGCUGCUGGGGGAAGGUGUCCCACCUGAAAUGGAGAUGAUCUGGAAAGCUGAAGCACUCUGAAUGAACCAACAUGGGUUUGCGACUGUUGGGUUGUCUCUUUAAUUUACCCACUGCUGUGAUCUAUGGGUCCCUGUCGCUCUUUGUUUCCAUUUUGCACAAUGUAUUCCUCCUAUAUUACGUGGACACCUUCGUUUCUGUUUACAAGAUUGAUAAACUGUCCUUCUGGAUUGGGGAGACAGUGUUUCUAAUUUGGAACAGCCUCAAUGACCCUCUCUUCGGCUGGUUGAGUGACCGGGUAUUUCUUAGCACACAACAGUCAGGGGUGGAGAUCUCCUCACCAGAAGUCAUUCUUAAGAGACUUAAGGCACUGAGCUGCAAUGGGCCCCUUUUUGCCAUCUCUUUCCUGGCUUUCUGGGUUUCGUGGGCCCAUCCAGGUCUACAGUUCCUCCUAUGCCUCUGCCUCUAUGACAGCUUUCUUACCGUGGUGGAUCUCAACCACAAUGCCUUGCUCGCAGACCUUGCUGUUUCUGCAAAGGACAGGACUAGCCUAAAUUUCUACUGCUCGCUUUUUAGUGCCAUCGGUUCCCUCUCUGUCUUCAUGUCCUAUGCAGUGUGGAACAAAGAAGACUUCUUUUCUUUCCGGAUAUUUUGUGUGGUGCUGGCUCUCUGCUCUGUUGCUGGAUUUACUCUGGCAACGUGGCUGCUAAGACAACGAUUUGAGACUGAAGUGAAAGUGAAAUGGGACCAAGAGUCAACUUUAAAAGAAUUGUACAUUGAGCAACCAUCUGCCCCGCUGGAGAAGAGGAUUACACUGGGAGAAUACCUCAAACAGCUGUCCCGGCACCGCAACUUCCUCUGGUUCGUCUGUAUGAACCUAGUACAGGUUUUUCACUGCCACUUUAACAGCAACUUCUUCCCUCUCUUCUUGGAACACUUGCUGUCAGAUCGGAUCUCUCUCUCUACAGGAUCCUUCCUACUAGGUAUUUCCUACAUCGCCCCUCAUCUCAACAACCUCUAUUUUCUGUCUCUCUGUCAAAGAUGGGGGGUUUACGCGGUGGUGCGAGGGCUCUUUUUCCUGAAGCUGGCUCUCAGCAUCAUCAUGCUUCUAGCUGGACCCGACCAGGUGCAUCUUCUCUGCAUCUUCAUAGCCAGUAACCGGGUGUUCACGGAAGGAACAUGCAAGCUGCUGAACCUGGUUGUCACUGACCUGGUGGAUGAGGAUUUUGUCUUGAACCGCAGGAAGCAGGCUGCCUCAGCACUGUUGUUUGGGAUGGUUGCCUUGGUAACCAAGCCUGGCCAGACCUUUGCCCCCCUGAUUGGCACCUGGCUGCUCUGUACUUAUACUGGUUAUGACAUUUUCCAGCGGGCCCCUCUGAGCAACGUGGUGAGCGCCCAACCGAAGCUGGCGUCCAACGGAGCCUGGGAACCAACUCUGCGCCAGGGCUGCUUUUACCUCCUCGUCUUCAUCCCCAUCACAUGUGCAUUACUGCAGCUCCUCAGCUGGUCGCAGUUCAGCCUGCAUGGAAGGCGCCUCCAGACGGUCAAGUCCCAGCGCCAAAGCCUGACUCAGAGUCGAUCACAAGAGAUCAAAAUGAUCUAGAUGUGCCUGAGCCCUUCGGCUCUCACUGACUCUGUGCUGUGGGUGUGGUUCCGCCUCUCUACAGUCCGGGGGAUGCAGACUGAGGCGAAGGGGCUUGCUGGCUAAGAACUGAAAGUGUUUACAAUUCAACUGUGAAAUGCUCACAAUGCAGACGUUUCCUCGCUCCGGGGGCAGUCGGUUUGGAAGGCAGGUACAUCAGAGACGGGUGACUGGUGUGUGCUCAGAGUGGGGGCGUUUGCUCAGGCAAUCAGAUGGAGUCUUAGCUCUUGCACUUUUUGCACCCAGGGCCCACUGAGGUGCUGCUGAUCUCAAGGGAGGGUGGGUGACAGUGGCCUAGAGCUGUGGUCUCCAAACUUUUUUGAUCGCACACCCCUAUCAGUAAAAAAUUUUUGAGCACGCACCUCCUGCCGUGCC